AUGAUGUCUGUGAGUGAGGAAGAUGUGCAAAGAUGGUUUGAUGUUGUGCUUCAAUGGGGUAGUGCAGAUACCUCUGAAAAAUGCAGAGAUACAUUUGAAUGCCUUGAUGAACUGCUAGUUUUUCUGAAACAGCUCGAAAAUGCUCUUGGAGGAUUGGUAGGUAUUAAUCCAGCUGAGACACAGCUGGCCUUACGCAGCCUUACGGAACGAAUUAGCCCCACUAACCCUGAUCAGACUAUGGAUAACAGAAAUCCGUGCCUAGACCAUGUAGGUCCAUUUAUCGUGAGGCAUUUGUUUUAUAGAAAAAAACAUCCAUGUAAAGAAACUUCAUUGCAGCAAAUACAUUGUGCAAGUCCCUUGGCCCUUUGUUUAUUAUAUAUCGAGGUUCCAAUGAACUGUUACUUUUAAUGUUCUUUAAUUAUCUAACUGUUGUUUUUCAGAUAGGGAACCCAAAGCUCAUUUUGCAGAAGUUUCCAAGUAUUGGGAAAUUCGUUGGACAAUUAUUUGACAACAGUGUCAUUUUGUUGUCAGGUAAGAUAUGAUUUACUGGUGAAGAGGAAUUCAGGAUGGGAGGAGGGGGAAGGGGGAUGGCGAGAAUAUUGAUAAGAUGCAUAUCUCAGGUACGUGUGGCGGGGUGGGGUGGUGCCUGCUGUGCCCCAUAAUUUGGCAUCCAUUUGUCUUGAGAGAAAAGUAGUAAUAGUAAUAGUAAGUGUUUUGGAUCUCUGUAUGUGUGAUUUUUUUAAAAAGGUUUAUCUGAAUACAUUUCACCAAUUUUAACUGAGAACAAUUUAAUAUUAUAAUCUACCUUCCAGGUUUAUCUGUUAACAGAGUCACUUGCUGUGUCGUGUUUUGUUCCGUAGAUGAUGUGUUCCACAGUGUUAUAAGAUGCAGCUUAGCACUCGCAAAUUGUUCCAAUUCUCAAGGAACAAUUUUCAGCAGGAAAGCCAAGUCUUGGGCUCUCACACAGCUGAGAUGUGCAUCCACGCCCACUCUCAAGCAUAGCAAUUUAGUGGAGGUUGGAGAAUACUGGGGAUAUAGUGCUGAGGAAUCCACAGAGAUGAUGGUGGACAAGGUAUUAAGGAGUACAAAAACAUUUGCAGAACCUUGUAUUUUGCUGCAAUGUUAAAUGUAUUUCUCUAUUUAAAAGUCUGGUAUGAGGUACACACAUGAAAUUACUUGUGGGAAGAAUCACAAAUUGUAGAUCAGAUACCAAACUACACCUAGAUAGGAUUUCCUUUUAAAAUUGCCCCCUUUUUAACAGUUAUCCAGUAAUUUGCAGCACCACAGGAUUAAAUUUAUAUGCAGAGGAGGGGGGCAGAAGGUAGUGUCGGUAGUGUGCAUGGUGGGGGUGUGUUUUGAGAUAGGAUUGGAAGCACCAUCCUUUCCUGAGAAGGAGAGGGUAUCCUGGCCUCUUCAAACCCCAACCCCUAACUCUACAGCAUCUACCUGAGGGGAGGGGGCGACUAUACACAGGCUAGAUUUGACCCAGGGGAGAGGGUUGGAUAACUGGGUUGUUUAAUACCAUAGUACUGGAGACAGAGCUACAAGUUCAGGCUUCUACUGCAAAUCUUGGUUUUAAGUGUUAUUUCAAACAAAAAGAUGAUUUUCUUUUUUUUCGUUCAGCUGGUGUCAUCACUAUGCCAUGAUCUGAAAGUAAUGGAAAGCUUUAAAUGGAAUGACAAAGAAAGGUACAUUUAUUUUAUUAUUAAGAGCGGGUGAUGGCUGAAAUGUUUUCUAACAACUAAGCUGGCAGCAUGAUUCAGAACCAAUAUUUUUAUGUCACUGCAAAUUCAAAUUACAAGUCUCUUAAGAAGACAGUCUUUGCAGUAAACCAUUUUCAUUUUCAGUUACACAAACUUUGCAGCUCAAGUUUAUGUCUAUUAUUUUUGUCUUCAUAUUGUAAGUUCUACAUGUGUGACAAUCUGGUAGGGCAGUUGGAAAUAUAGGAAAGGAAUUUUUUUUCUUUUUCAUCUCUUGCAGAGAAUGUUAUCCUCUGAAACAAGUAUCAGGAUCAUGUCUAAGGGAACUUUGUGAAUUCUGUUUGCCUCUUCUACCUUUGACACAAGCAAAGCCCUUGGUAAGAAAGUUUAGAGCUUUGGUUAGCUACCAUAAACAUGUUCAUGUUUCCUCUGUCAUUGGAGUUCAUGUACAUGUAAUUUGUUGAGUUAUUCUACAAAGUCUCUAAAUUCAACUUGUCUUUCAUCUGAAUAGGUAGAGAAGAUUCUUUGCUGUCAAAAAAGUUUGGAUUUAAUAUCAAGGUAAGUUACAUGUGUACAUACAAGAUGCAAAUAUAUGAGAAUUCCAACAUGGGAGACAGUGAUAUCAUCUUUUAGUAAAAUCCAACCAGUGAUCUAUUAUCAAUGCUGCAUUCUGAUUGGUUGAGCUACUACUAGGCUAUAUGUUAUAGCCCACUAGUAGCGAAAAGCACUGGCUUUGGAAACCAAAAGAAUGGCAGCUGUAUCGCGUUUUGCUAGCUAAAGUUGUUUUGUCUCGAUAUUUUUGACCGACUAGUUGGAUUUUACUAAAACAAUUAUUCUUCUCGCCCUCAUGGCCUCUGAGUCAAUAGCCCAUGAGGCCAAAGGCCUCAUGGGCUAUUGACUCAGAGGCCAUUCGGGCUCGAGGAAUAAUUGUUUUUAAUAAAUAACCAAGAUUCAAGUGGCUUUGAUUGAUAACAUUAAUUUUUAAUACAAAGGCACAGCUAGAGUUUCAUGGUUAACCAAAGUGCAAUUCUUCUUUCUCAGAUCAUUAAUGCUCCACGGACAAACCUAACUGGUUAAGUCCGUCUGCAAAACAGUGCCAAAAUCCUUUUUCUUAGCCCUGACCUGUGUGCCAGGAUUCAAGCACGUGCCAUGAUUGGACUGUUGAAAAUACCAUUGUCAAGCCAAUCAGGAUGAAAGGAAAUUUGAAAUGUAAAUCUGGUAAUUCAUUGAGUCCAUUGUGGUCACAGAACAAGGAUAUCAGUGCUGCUUUCCCGACUGUAUUUUAACCAGGGUUAAAUUACAUCUGCGAUGCAGGCCAAAUCCAGAGGGACCCAGCUAUUUUAUUUUAGUUAGGGUACCAGUCAAAGAAUAAUUAACCUUGUGAUUCUGUUGUUUUUUUAGUUAUCAAGACAAUGGCUUCAAUAUUACUGACAGUGUUCCCUUGAUGUUUUUGAAAGCUGUUGCAUCUACCAAAGGUGGGCAUGAAUAUAUUCUGUUUCUAUUAAAAGUAAAGCAGUGAUAACUGUCGAGUUGGCCACUGCAUUUGAAGUUAUUGCAUUAAAUUUUUUGGUGCAUAUUUAGAGCACAAUUCCCUUCUUGCAGAAUGGUCUUAUUUGCAUUUGUCAUAAUGCAUGUAAGAAUGCAACUCAGUGGUUUUUCCAUGUGGCAAGUUUACCAUCCUAACAAGUUUGCCUCACCCCUCCCCCUCCCUGACCAACCUCCUCAAGCUGAAUCAUGUUGGCUUCUUCACUAUUUCCUUUUUCAGGAGUCAUCUAUUCUUAGUGAUACGUCCAAUAAUCAGGGAUCGGUGUUAGCGGACCUUACCCUUGUAACAAGAAUCAUUCAUUGUCAAUUUCCGAAUGCAAACUCCCCCACAGCAAAGCCACUGGAAAACAGGGAUAUGUGUGGGAAGUAGUGGAUCUGAAAACAAAGAGUGUGGUGGGGAGAGUUUCCGGGGGGGGGGGGUACUCCCAUACAUUACCUAUACGGGUAUGUGCCGCCCAAAGGGGUCGUGAUUUUGAAGCUCCUGAUUUAGAAUGGGGUAUCCAUUUCAGAGGCGUUUUCUAGAACGGGGUAUAAUAUUUCGAAUGCACAAAAGCUCCAUCCACUUUUGUAAGCAGCCAUUUGAAAGUGUUCAAGGACAGAUUGCUUUUAAAAAUACGGUUCAAUGCGUUAACGAGCAAACCGUUGUACUCUUGUUGCACCCUAGAACGGAGUAUAAAAAAUUGGCCCAUUUCUAGAACGGCGUAUCAGUUUUAGGGCGAAUUCUAGAACGGGGUAUAAAAAAUUGACCCAUUUCUAGAACGGGGUAUCAAUUUUAGGGGAAAUUUUUUCUAGAACGGGGUGCCAAUUUGGAGUCCCGGGCGGCACAUACCCACCCAAAAAAUACCCAAGUGACCCCCCCGGGGGAGAGUUCUCACUCCUAAUGCUCUUAUUUGAAACACUUUUUAAAAUACAACUGUUCUAGAUUUGUCUUUGUUUGUUUUAGGGCUGUUGUUGUCAUACGAAGCUCGUGUAGCUUUAUGGAAGAGGUACCAGCCGAGUUUUGAAUCAGAGGUGAAUAAAAAAUGACGCUUAGCAAGUCAAUAUUCUCAAUUAAUAUUCAGACCAAUAGUCUCAAUAUUAAGCUGGUAAGACAGCUGUGUAAUUAUAAUAUUAGAGGGUUUUCACCUUGAUGGUGCUUUUUGAUGGUAAAGCCCCCUCAAUUCUACUGCUGUCUUUGCCACAGACAUAAUUCAUCAUCAUCAUCAUCUUCGUCGUCAUCGUUGCGACCUUUCGAGGAUAGUUUAUGCUGUGUGUUUACUGUUUUCUCAUUUGCCGACUGCAGAUCAUUGUCCCGCCAAAUUUGGACUAAGUACUUUGAUUUUUGACCACGCCUAGAUGCUUUUCUCUGCUGAGGUUCCCAAAGAACCAAGAUUUGCACAGGGACGUCACUGUGGUGUAGGCGAUGCCCCGGUGACUGAUACUCGCUGUUCCACAGCCUUUUAAAAUGACUUGUGAUUAAAUUACUGAACGCUCGCUUGCAAAACCCCUUAGGUAGCUGCCUUGUAAUAGGCUGGAUAUUCAUAAAGAUUGACUUUUAUCGUCAGUUUGAAUAAUUGACUUGACCUACCACACCAUUUAGCACCACCUGAUUAUUUUUUUAGGUUUUAGAUUUGAUCGAAAUGUCAACCAUUCAACGACCUUUCAUCUCAAGAAUUGAGCUUAAAGACGCUAUUUCUUAUAAAGAACUGGUGAGUUUUUUUCUGCUUACAGUCUUUUGGGAGAACUUUCAGAUGGUGGAGUUUUACGAGGCAGACAUAUUCACAAUGAAAAGGGAGGAGUUUGGGAGCUUAAACAAAGGUGUUUACGAGCGACGCGUGCACGGGCGUCAAAAAUGUGAAGCGGAUUCUUUGGAAAUACCCCACGAAGGACUUUUUUUGAAAGUCUACACCAGCACAGAAAGUUGUUGGUACUGCGGAUGUUUCAUAUCUGAAAGAGGAUAAACCUUUCGUUCACUUGAGAAAGGACGAAAACCAUAGUUCCCGUCUGAGAAUACGAGAAUCACCACAAUCUUUUAUCUAAUCAUUGGUUCCUCUCAUACAACAGUGUGCGAAACAAGACGCAACUGAAUGGGGGUACUGUAUACCCCAGCUCUACAGUGUGGCAACACAGACCAAAAGACUAACAUUCUAACAUGAUAGCCCACGUUCGAUAUGUUAAAAUUCGAACAUGACUCCUAGGCUUUUUGGUCAUAUUCUAUAUUUGGUUUGGUUUUCUUUGUGCUCAAGUCUCUUCUGGGAAUUGCGAGACAAUGGAUUCCUUUCUUGGUUUCUGGAGUGGUUUCUGGGUAACUGACCACCUACCCCUCCCCUAAGUCACAAUUUUGCCCUUAGUGAGAAAUAAGUGCUAAUAUUGACUUACGGGAGGGGUAGGUGGUCAGUUACCCAGAACCCUCAAUACAACACCGAUUCAGUCUCACGCAAAACCUAAAACUGGCCACUGACUGUGCAAUUAUCGGAGGCGAAACUAAGAGUGGAGGCCAAGUAUAUAUUCAAGGAUAUACAAUUUAGUGAUUAAAGGAGAUUACAUAAGCAAGGUCUAAGCUCAACUAAACUAUUGGACAAUCACAUCGGGAUACAUAGGUCGAGCGCGGUUGCUAAGUAAAAGGAUUAAGGGCUAUUCCCACACUGACCGUUCACCUGAUCUUGUUUACAACAGCCACGUGCUUCUGUGGAAAAUCCGGAGUUAUUUGAAGUGGCUAUGAGUCUUCUGAGGUAAGAAAAAAAGAAAAAACGCUAUAUCUACAGUCCAGGUGCCCGUUUCUCGAAAGUCCCGGUAAGUUUUCUAGACAGAAGUCAAAUACCGUCAAACCACGUUUAUACUGAAGGGGCGAUAGAAAGCGUCCGUAUUAAUAGGGUGUCUGUAUUGAUCGGAUUGAAUUUAGAGAAAAUGUAAGGGCUUUCUUUCCCCAGGAACAAAGAACAACGAGGUGUCCGUUAAGCGGGGUUUGACUGUAUUCAAAUCAAAAACCAUGGUCCUAGCUAACAGUCCAUUUUGUUUUGUAAACUGUUGUCAUGUUAUUUGCAAAACCAUCGAAACUUCUCAUCUUGAAUGUAAACAACAACAGGGCCGAGUUGUUCAAAGCUGGGUUAAGAUAACCCAGGGUUAGUGCGAGAUUUGAAUUCAGAUUUGAAAGCACAAAAAGCGGUUCAGUCUUAAUUCUUUUGGUCUACAAUUUGAUGAUGACCAGGGGCCGCGGAGCAAGGUGAAAAGUGGGAGGGCUGACAAUUGAAAAUAAUUUUUCAUAUUGAAAAUCGAAAAAAGGAAUAAAAUCAUAGUAUUUGAUUUUCAAAAAGUGGGGGCGGGGGCGCAAAAAAGUGGUGGGGCAGCGGCCCUACCAGCCCCUCCCCCUCCGCGGUCCCUGAUGACUGGAAGCUCUAAAAAUAAGGGAGAGAUUAUCCGAGAAAAUGCUUUUGAACACAAGAAAAAGAAACCCGGGUUAAGCGCUAAUCAGCCUUCGAACAACCGGGCCCAGCUUUUAGUCAGUGGCUUUAGUGGCUUUCAUUAGGGGAACUUCGAGAAAAGGGCCCAGCCCUUACAAAAUGCCCGGAGGCGGCAUUUCUGAGGCGUUUAUGUGCUUAAUGAUGUCAGUGGACCACAAAGGAAGUAACUGCAUCUCUGAUACGGCUGCGUGGCCGUUGUGUUGCCAGGUUUCUGUAAGGCUUCCCCAGGCCCACACGGAAAAUUUUGUUUCAGUAUACGUAACCAAGUUCCGCUCGCAUCACGUCACCUAUCCGAGACGCAGUCAUUUCAAGGCAAAAAAUUUGAAGCCUAGGAACCAGGAAAGCCAAUUUGUAGAUCUGGAUAUUUGCAGUAUUUUUCUCCUUUGGGACAAUUAAAUGCUGGCCAUUUUUAUUGUGAAGAGGCAGAUUUUGAUGACAGUGUUUCCCCUUUUUUUGUCUUGAUGAACUGUAGAUGAAAAGUAAGUAAAGUAAUUUUUUUUAUUAACUUAUUUUGGGGCCUGUUUAUAUGGAGGUGGGGGACCCCAGAUAGGUGAGGUAACAUGUGGCGGGUCACCCCACCUAACACGUAAACUUGAUCAAAUUAAAAUGAGAGAUUGAAUGGACAGGCGGGCUACCCAAUCUAAGCGGGUUACCUCUCCUACCUGGGUUCCCCCACCUCCUCCAUGUAAACAGGCCCUUACUCUGAUACUUAUUACAGCUCAUUUCUCGUCCGAUCUGGUGGAAGUACGCAAGUUGCAAAGCUUAUAUCUGUGUUUGGUGAAAUGUGUGUAGAACAAUGCAAAGAUGGAAAUCAACAGGCAAGAGGCCCGAUUUAAAAGAGUCUUUUUUUCUGUGUUUUUGAACUUGGUAAAACACUCCAACUCGUUGACUACACAGUUCAUAACGUGUUUCUCUUCUCCUUUUCUUUUAGUCGCUGUUAAACCUUACCGACUUGUUUCCUUGCUUUUGCUGCUCGAUUGUUCCUAAACUGGCGCUAAACCCACAAGGUUAGUUUCAAUGAUAAACCGCUAUAAAUCUACGAAAUAUUUAUCCAGCGUUCCAACAGAACCCGUGAAUAUUAGCCUGCUUUGAUAUCAAUUUUCUGAAAGUUCAGCUCUCGCUUGAUAGACCUGCGUAAUUUUUAUUUUCCAAAAUUCUUUCUUGAUAUUUGAGAAAUAAAUUUUUCAAACAGAGUGGUUUCUACCAGACCUAAUACCUUAACCCCGGUUAGUAACGUCUACAAAGCAGCACUGAUAUCCUUGUUCUGGGCCCUCAAUGGUCUCAACGAAUUACCGGAAAUGCGUUUCAAAUUUCUUUUCUCCCUGAUUGGCAAAUUGACAAUGUCAUUUUUAACAGGCCAAUCAUGGCGCGUACUCAAAUCUGGGUACACAGGCGGGGCCCCCGAACAAGAAUUUCGGCACGGUUUCGCAGACGGACCUAACCAGAGUUUAGUUUCGUCUGUGGCGUAGGCUGGCGAAUAGAAGCAAAAACCAUUUCCUACUUGCUCCAAGCCUCUUUUUUUAAAACGAGGCCGUUCAAUUCGAACUUUUUGACGUGCAAAUAAUUUUCUCUUGUUAUUCAAAACAGCUCAUUUCACCUUUGCACUUGGCCUCCUUUAGAAAGCGAGGCAUUUAUGGAACUCGGAAAUGUUCCAUGAGCAAAUUGCCGUGUGAUAUUGAUGUCUAGUUCUGGUACCUCUCUCUUUUUUAAGCAACUUGCACGACAAACGGAGGAGGCACCCCAAUUCUACCCAUGUGGUGCACCCAAUAUAUAUUUAAUUAACAUACAUUUGCAUAAGCUUGCUGAGCGUGUGCCUAAGGCCAGUCCACACUAAUGUGUUUUCGUUUGAAAAUGCAUACAUUCCGAUGCAUUUAGGCCCUCCGUCCACACUACACUAAUACGCUGUUUUAUCGAGAACGCAUCGAUUUGAAAGCGUUCUUGAAAGUGGAUCAAAUCGAAAACGCACUGAUAUCAUACUGGUGUUGACGGUCGAAAACGGUCGAAAACGCAUCAGAAUGAAAGUAUCGAGAAUAUCGCAGGCGCGUGUGUUUGUUGUAUGCGCAUAUUGGAGUUCAACUUACACAACGUGCAAUUCUGUCUUUUUCAAACGUUUUAGUGUGAACCGUCGAAAACGCGUCAAAACGGUAGCGUGGACGCGAAUCGAGCGAUGCGUUUUCGAUGACAACGAAAACGAAUACUUUUUAAGACAGGGCAGGGCCUAAAUUCACACAAAUAUUUGCUAAUUUGCCCCGGCCCCUGAGCCGGAUAAGAAAUUGAUAGUUAGUUUUAAUUACACUUCUGUUUUAAAUCCCGGGUAUUUUUAGGAGUAACUGAUGAAGCGUAUGCACUAAGCAGUUUGCAGAGUAUUAGUAUGGAAUUAGAGGAGAUAAGGCAACGAUUGUCGAAAAGGUAAGGCCUAGCUGUUAAAGAUAAGAGUUUGAAAUGGAACCGUGUAGUUUUGUGACAACUUUUUGGUACAAUAUAUUUCCCAGUGUAAAUUUAACGACGUAGAGUUUUGUAAGGUGCUUUCCCUUGCAAAAUCUUCCUUAACGGCUUAAUAAUCAGAAUCACUUAGCCUGGGAAAACACCCCACGUUAAGCGACAACACCUCUACUUUUCCCCGCGAAAUGACGUCAGAGAAACGUACGCAGAAAUUCCACACUGAUGACGUGUCACUACAGAGAACUGGGUUGUGCUUCUGAUUGGUUGAAAUAAACGUCCCUUGCGCCACAGCACGAAAAGUGAAAUUCACCUAACUUUACAUGAUUCCUUAAAGUUCCGUAAAUUAAAGUUCAUACAGGCAAACCUUUAUGGAUUCAGUAUACAUUUCUAACUGUUCUGAAGUUUAAAUCACGUCCAUAUAAGUGACUUUUUACUGUUGGCCAUAAACUCCUGUUAUAAAAUUCAGCUUUACAGUGAGUAAAGCUCAUAAAGCUUACCUCAAAGCUUUAUAAAGAGAAUCUGUACGCCGCGUAAACCAAUAUCAGUCACUUCUUUACUGAACAAAGCUCCGUAAAGCUCCGUAAAUUUGGACACUUUUCAUGACGUACGCAUCAACGUAAACUUCCGUAAAGUUAACCUUUACAAAUAAGAUGCGUAAAUGUACAUAAAGUUUGUCUUUACGGUAGCAUUACGCCAGCUUUAUCGUCCGGAACAGUAAAGUUACCAUUUCGUUCUGCGCGGCGCUCGGCAUGACAAUCAGAAGCACUACCCAGAUCUGGGUAGUGAAUUUUCAUCAGUAUUGAAGUUUUCUGCAGUCGGUUUUCAGCAGUCAUUUCGCGAGGAAAUCGGUGGUGACGUCGCGACUGAAACGUCCGCUGUUUUCUCAGGCUAAGAAUCACCUGGUUUGUUAAGGAUAUUACACAUUGCCUCCAGGUAGCUUUAACUGGUGGCUAAGGCAAAACGUUUAUAGUUCAAACCGGACGUUUUCAAUCACCUACAAACUAAAAAGUUAAAUAUGCCUCCGCUUCGUGGCUUGUGAAUGAACUUUUCUCGAUAUUUUUUUGAGCUUGUCGCUUGAUUAACAUGGAAUAACAUAGAAAGGAUAUAGCAAGUUAAUGGCACUUUGAUAUUAAACACUUUAUUGAAAUAAUUGGUGGUCUUUCUGGCGGUCAGCGAAACAAUUUGAAUUUUCUUAUACUAAUUUAAAAAAAAUAGGGCUAUCUUGAUGUAAUUACUUGAGAAAGUCCAUGUGGAGUUUAAGGGAAGUCUUAAAUUAACGUUGGUUCAUUGGUUCUUUGAUGGGCAGAUGGAAAUGGAUUUUUAGCAAGUUCCUCCUAAAGCUCUUAUUUAUUCUUCGGUAACGUCUUAAUCAUGAUGUCUUAAAUAGGGAAUUUAAGAUCCAACGACUCGACGGCGACAAGAACGUCGCUUAAAAAGUGAAUUUGAGUUUUUUCAGUCUUUAUAGCUAUUAUUCCUACCCACUUACUUUGUCAAUUGUAGGCGAACCCUCCUGAAGGUGAAUUUCAAGGGACCAUAUUCAAGCUCAGAAAGGGAAAUAAAGUUUCGUCGUUGCUUGUUUACAUCCACCAUAAAACGCGAAAUUAGGCAUUUUCACGUCGUAGUCGUGCAAAAACGGGAAAGAAAUGUACAAAAACGUGUGAUGCACGUGCGAAGUUGUUGUUUUGCUAAUUAACCCUAUUGUUUUUUUUGACGUUCUCGUUGUCAUCCGCGUCGUUGGAUCUAAUAUUUAAUAUUCUUCACCAAAGCACUACUUUAGACAUUUGCGGAUGUCCCAAUUUUUGCAAUAAACACCACUCUACUCUAACAUCCCGUGGCUCAGUUUAAAAUUCACGAAUAUAAUACAGAGCAAAUUCCCUCCUGCGUGUUUACUAAUGUAUUUUUUUUCUUUUUAAGUCCAAUUUAUAUGUCUCUCAUUUAUCCCUUCGCCUUAUGUGAAAAUAAGCAAUAAACUUAUCCAUGGCUUAAUACAAAUUUGGUCCGUUUCUUUCUAUCAAAUUUAACACCUUUCUUCUCUUGAUUUUGAGUGAAAUAAUUUUUAAUUCAUCAACUCCUUUUUUCAAAACACUUGCCAGCUGCCGACCUUUCUUGAUCGGCACUAUGUUUACAAUUCAAAGUGGACAGACUGCAAAUUAUCUUAGUUGCUAAAAAAUAUAUAUCUACGUGUCGCAACUGUUCAUCAGUAGGAUGCCUAAAAUGCGUGCAAUUCCACAAUUGGUUUCGGCUCCAUUAAAUCCUAUACCAAUUGCAGAACAUUUUAGGAGGAGCCACCCACCAUGUGAGCACAGUCACAGACAAUGUAUAAGUGAGGAAAAUAACGCAAAGUAAAUUAAGACGUUAAUAAACGAACUAAAUGUACACGUCAAUUAAAUAAAUAAAGAAAUAAUGCGCGCGCUCAAAAUAAAAUUGUACGCAAGUUAUAUUUUCCUUUAUGCAUAGGACGAAUAUUUUAUCUUCAGCUUAAUUAAACGAACGUCACCUUUUAAUGCAGUGGAAUGAUAUGUCAUAUUUCUGGAAAAAAAUGGUCAAAAAAGUGUCCCCCCACUUUCUGUCCAAGCAAAUUUCAAAUAAUAAGCGUUGUAUCCGUGAUAUAUUGCUGUCCAGUCGCAUUAAAAACUACGUGUUUAAUGUUUUCCUUUUCGACGUGAACUUACUGGAGAAUUCAGUAUAGUAUUAUAAGUGCUAAACAGAAGGUUAUUUUUCUUGAUGAAAAUAAUUGAAUGGCAUGGAGGUCCAAGUUUGCCUGAUUUGCCCAGACUUUCAGAGCCGCGUAAUAUUAAACUAAAGUAUAUAAUUGCUGAUUUAGUCCUUGAAGUUCCUUGGCAACCAGUUCCACCGUAUAAGGCAAUUGUAGAAAUCCUUGGACACGAUCGACAGGGCAAUUUUCUCAGUCUUAAAUCAUAUUAUUGUAUGUGUUUUAUUGAAGGCGAAGUGAGAUACGGUUUUAAAAAUGCAAAUUGUAAUGCUCUACCGUAAAAGUACACAACCUGUGUUAAUUUCCGUCUUUUAACGAGAAAUUGACGCCUUUGUGGCCUUUAGUGGACGUUCCAGGUCCAAUCUUUCACAAUUCUAAAAGAGUAUGAUUUUAAAUUUUUGGUCAAGAUCAGUACGUAGUUGCUACAUGUAACUCGAGUGACAGGAGUUUUACUUUUGUUUGCCAGCGACUUUUCUUUCGCGAGAGGGGUAUUUAAAGGAGAGGCAAAGCACUAAGUCGGCGAAAAAUCAUAUACACCUUGUAGACUUGAAGGCAACGUAAAAUUGCCUUUUCUAGAAAUGAAGAGAAAAGAUCAAGAAAACUGAGGAGGAAGGAAAAGUUCGUGCAGUAUCCUAUAUACAAAGGUCCAGGAAAAAAAAG